AGAAGCCCAGCUAGCCUACCAUGUUGUUGCCGCUGUAAUUGAUCCACAUUGUAACCCCCAAAACUCAGCUUUUACCCCAGUCGAGCCAUUCGCGGUCAGUUACAGCUGUGCAUUGAAGCUGGAUUUAAGUACAUGCCAUUACGUUUCGCUGCAGCAUCUUUUUACACGCGAGCUAGCUACACGUGUUAAAAUAUCUUAGGAAUAUGAGCCAAAUAUCAGAGCCCCCAGUUGAAGCUCCUGCAGUGACAGAAGCUCCUCCCUCUCAGACAGAGCCCAAGCCGCCAACAGGUGGAAAGAAACAAACUAAAAAGAAAGUGGAAGAGGUGGUGGAGGAAGAAGAGGAGGAGUAUGUUGUGGAGAAAGUUCUGGACCGACGUGUCGUCAAGGGAAGAAUAGAGUAUCUCCUCAAAUGGAAGGGCUUCUCGGAUGAAGACAACACCUGGGAACCCGAAGAAAACUUAGACUGCCCAGACCUAAUUGCAGAAUACCUGCAGUCCCAGAGAAGCGCCAAGGAAUCUGGUGGAAAGCGGCGGGCUGACACAGAUGGAGAUGGAAAGGAGAGCCAGUCUAAAAAACGCAAGGAUGAGCCUGAGAAACUCAGAGGCUUUGCUCGUGGGUUGGAUCCUGAGAGGAUUAUUGGUGCUACAGACUCAAGCGGAGAACUCAUGUUCCUGAUGAAAUGGAAGAACUCUGAUGAGGCAGAUCUUGUACCAGCCAAGGAAGCAAACGUGAAGUGCCCACAAGUGGUAAUUUCUUUCUACGAGGAGCGUCUCACCUGGCAUUCUUACCCCACUGAUGAGGAGGAGAAAAAGGACGAGAAAAACUAGGCAAACAAGGAGCUAUGAUGAGUACUUACUGUAAAGGGUGGUCAUUGAAAUGCACACCUCAGUUUUAUUUUCAGAAAUAAAAGGCAGUGAAAGGAGGUUGGUAUGAUUACGAAGAAACAUCACUGACAGUCCCAACACCUUAAGUGACAGCGCAACAGUAACUGUAAUUUACACAGGCUCUGGUACACCAAGCUGCCAUUUUAUCAGGUAUACCUACAGUAUAUGUGUACAUUUGUAGGUUUACAAUUAGGGAUGCAUCGAUAUGGGAGUUGUGGACCAGUGCCAUUAUUUUUUUUAUGUCUUUAUCUGCCGAUACUGAAACUUACACAUUUCAUAAUGAAGAAACUGGGACUAGAUUCAGUCUAGAUUCAGGCGUAACACUACAGAGAAAUAUAACAUUUAGUUCUGUAAAUUUAUAAAUGUAGUAAAAUGAAAAAUGACAUUUUAGUCAUUUAGAAAAAUGACACAGUAGCCAAGCCCCCUCAAAAUACUUAUCGAAUAAUCUUCUCGAACGCAAUAACUGUCAUCAAAUAUUAUUUUGAAAUAUCAGUCAAAUCUAAACAUUUGUCCAAUGUCGAUUGUUUGUAUUUAAAAAUCUGCCAAUGCUGACAUGAUUCCAAUAUCACUGUGUACACCUUUUUACAAUUACUGAUUGUAACCCAUCUGUUGGUGCAUACGUCCCCUCUACUCUGUUCACCAAUGGGACCACCAGUGCUGACAAGAUAUUAUUUGGGUGGUGGAUCGUUUGUAGCACAGCAGAGAUACCAGCGUGGUAGUAGAAUGUUCCUUUGUGCACUUGUACGAGCAUAUCAAGAACCCCAGCAUUGCUGUGAUUUUUUUUUUUUAAAUAUCCUGCAUAGAUAAAAAUUCAAUAGAUUUUUACUGUGAACCUACAAGGUAGGUGUUUGUAAUUAAGUGGUCAGCAAGUUUACACAAUGUUUUGCAUACCUACAAAUGCACCUAUAUUGGAGGUAGACCUGAUAAAAUAGCAAAUGGCUUUAGAUACAACUAGGUGUAUCUAAUAAAUACAUUUCAGUCAUGGUGUUGCCAAUGUAGAAAGUGUUCAGUAGACUAGCAUCCUCAAGCAUUGAUUAAGGAUAUUGAUAUGUGGAGCAGAUUAAGUAAUUAAAUGUGUCCUGGGCUGGUGCUUCACUGCUUUGCUUUCCACAGAGUGUUCUAGACCCUGUGUAGGUAACAGUCCUGACCAUUUCUCAAGUUUCAAAAAUGCUUAUUUUAACAUGUUCCCAGAUUUUGUGUGCAUUUAACUGAUUUAAAUACAUUACUGCCUUAACUGAGAUUAUGAAAAACACAUUACAAUUUUUUACAUUUGCCAAAAAGCAGGUCAGUAAAUGCACAAGUGAAUCUAGAAAGGGGAUAAAAAGUACAUGGACAAUGGCUUGUAGCUUGACCAGGAGUCCUAUCUAGUGGUUUAUGGCUUGUAUGAAACGAUCUUUAUUAGAAUGUUCACUUUUACCAGCAAACAUUGCUUCACAUCAGUCGGUCUGCUCACAGUAUAGGUGCUACCAUUGAAUGAGACCUUUUUUUCUGGAAAACGUUGUAAAUAUAUCUGGACAUCGCAUUACGAGUUACAAGUUUGGUGAGUUACUUUUUUAUUCUUGGUUUAUUACUGUAUCAUAUAGCAAAGAGUAGUAUCAGUGUUUAAGUUUGAGGUAAAUGUUUAGUUACUUUAUUAUGUCCUAGUUGUGUAAGUGCCAGUUCUUUGAAUCAUGUAAUUACUGUGUAACCUAGUGAAUGUUUUUUCCUUUUCCUUUUUUU